GGGUUAGCCCAAUCGGCGCCCGUUAAAAGUCCCUUCGCUCUUGCUGCAUACUCAAAUACACACUCUCUCUACAUGCUCAAAUACAAGUCCUCUGUCUAGGUAUAGAUACAUUAUUCCCACCUCUCUCAUACUCGAUUCUCCACCAUAGAUCAUGUGGUCAUCAGGUGAAGAUACCAACAGGAAAGUAUCAUCUUCAUCUUCCAAAUCCUCUUCCACAUCUUCCUGUCCAUCACCAUUCUCUUCUACCUCUCUCCUCCCAACCCCAACAAGGAAGACCAUGGAAGAGGUUUGGAAAGACAUCAGUCUCACAAGCCUCCAUGUUAGGCCCACCAGAGAAGAUGGCCCAAAGAGCUCCUCCACCUUCAAAGGCAUGAUCCUACAAGAUUUCCUAGCCAGACCCUUCAAAGAGCCAUCCACCAAUGCAGUUAUCAACUCCCCCGGCAUCGAUAUUGGCCUCUUCGGAUCGUCGUCACCGGCGGCUCCACCUCCUGGCCCACCUACCGUCUUGAGCUUGAAUUCAAGUCCUGAAUUUCCUUACCUCGAUACGCUGGGCUUCCACAAUCCCCCCAGGGAUUCCAACCAUCCAAUCCGAUCACAAUCCCACCAAUGCUAUCCCAAUGCCGCCGCGUCGUUCGUCACUGAUACUCCCAAGGCUCCUUUCGAUGCAUUUGGGUCCUCGUCAGGGAUUCCUUCCUUCUGCAAGAAGCGGUUGCCUGAGUCGGAAGACAAUUCGGGCGAUCGGCGCCACAAGCGUAUGAUCAAGAACCGGGAGUCGGCAGCCCGGUCGAGAGCGAGGAAACAGGCUUACACCAAUGAACUUGAGCUUGAAGUAGCUCAUUUGAUGGAGGAGAAUGCAAAGCUUAGAAAGCAACAGCAACAGGCUACAACAGUUAGAAAAGCAAAAGAGAUUGUUAUUGGGUAUUGGGUUUUGUAUGCGUAGAAGAGAAAUAUCGACAUGAAAAGUGGUGUUGAUGAUGGUAAACGCGGUAUUAAGGUGUUUGAAGCCCCGUGCGGGCUUUUUCCCCCUUUUGCAUUUCAAUCCUUUGCCAUCUUUUAGCAAAUGGUCUGGAGAGGGAGGAAAAAGACCAUUCGUUGCCUGAAAAGGCUUAACAGGUGUAUUGAAGAUAGGCGUUUGGCUGUCAUUAUCAUGAGCUCCGCUUAUCUUUCGUUUUCUCUCCUUUUCCAUUAUUGCGUUCUACUGAUUACCUUUUGCGUGGGUCUCCGCCCUCCCCCUGAUGAUGUUUUUAUGGAUUUUUAUUUUUAUUUUUUAAAUCUCAUGACUGUUUGAUUC